AUGCCUGAUCUUCGUCGUCAAGUACUCGAGAGCGGCAAGACCGUCUCGCGCAAGGCUGCUUCCCGUGAGGCAUCCCGCAAUGCCUCCCCCGCCAGUUCUAAGGCGGCCUCGCGCCAGAGCUCUCGCAAUGCCAGCAGAGCCGCUUCAGACGAAGAAGAUACUGGAUAUCUCUCCGAUGAGACUUCCAUGAGCAUCGGCUCUUUCGAUGAUGAAAACCCCGAGCAAGACAAUCCCGAUUGGGAGCUUGAACUCAGCGAUCGCAUUCAAGAGAUUCUCGACCGUAAGCGCAGCAGUGUGCAAGGCCGAGAGGAAGCUCUGCAAGCUUUCUGUCGUCUGGCCAAGUAUCACUACACAGUCGAAGAACUGAAUGGCGUCGUGACAAGUCUACUGGCUGCCUUUGAACGAAGCGUCCGCACUGAAAUCAGUGUGCGUGAAGCUACUCUUGGCUUGCGUGCCAUCGAACUUCUCUCCGUUUCUGCUUUCGACGGAACUAUCUACGAACUCACCGAGCCCUUGCUCACCCGCACCGUUCGGGACUCUGCAUCUCCUCUAGUCAAGACAGCUGCUAUCCACUGCCUGGGUGCUUGCACUAUCUUUGGAGGUGCCGGUGAAGAUGGCAUUCUCGAGCAGAUGGCCUUCCUCUUGGACAUUGUCGCCUCUGACGGACAGUCCGUUGAUGCUGCAGAUGAUGCUACGGUCGUCACUGCUGCGAUUCAGCAAUGGGGCUUCCUCGCCACAUCAGUCGACGACUUUGAAGGGGAGAGUGAAGAAGCUAUCCAGAUCUUCAUGGAUCAGCUCAGCAGCACCGAUCACAACGUGCAGAUCUCAGCAGGUGAGAACAUCGCCCUGCUCUACGAGAAGAGUUACUCUCCCCAGGAGGAUGACGAUGACACGAGCGGAGAAUCAGACGAUGACGAAGAUCAUGAUAUGGAGGCCACAACCGGUCCCAAGCUCUUGAAGCGCUACAACGCCUACCACAACACCCCCGAGCUGGAGAGCCAGCUGCAGAGCCUGGCCACCAUUCACGGCAAGUCGAUCAGCAAGCGCGACAAGAAGUCCCUCCACAGCAGUUUCGCUUCCAUUCUCACCACUGUCGAGAACCCCCGCCGCGGUCCCCGCUACAAUACCGCCAUCAACCAGAACACCAACCGCCACUACGGUAGCACUCUUACUGUCAAGAUCGGUCGCCACGGAGUCAUGACCAUCGACCGCUGGUGGAAGUGGAUGCGUCUUACUGCUCUGCGCCGCAUUCUGCAGGGAGGCUUCCCGGAACAUUACUUCCAGGGUAAUCGGGCCGUCCUGGAGAGUCUUCCUGUUAUGAUGCGCAUGCCAGACCAAGGCUACAGCUCACAGGAUCGCCAGAGUGCACGCAAAGCGGCCAAGAAUCGCAACGCGCGUCGUUGGACUGCUCAGCACUCUGAGGAAGAUGAUGAAUAG